AUGAGUGUCGCUCGGUCCUCAGAGUGUCUUUUCUGCCUCUUUUCACGAUCCUCUCGCCCAAAGUCCUUUCCUCGCCGCCAGUUUCAUUCCUCCCCCAUCUACCAGAAACGAAAACCGCGGUUCCCUAGUGUGAAGGCAGAGAUCAACCGGGUGGAUCUCAACGCCAAAGCUAGGGAGUUUCCUUCGGUCCAAAAUGGCACCCUUCCUGAGCGAUACUCUCCAGAGCAGCGAGCAGCAAUCGAGGCAGCCCAGAAACUCAUCGAUCUCGACCAACUGCAAACGCAGACUGGCAUGCGGACAGAUCCCUGGAAGCUGAAAUACUACGAUGAGUUGACCAAGAUCGAUCCGGUGGUAGAUAAGCCAGUGCGGGCACCGAUGACCAAUAUCGAUGACAAGUCGAGGCUAAAGACGGAUGAAGAGCUGGAGGACGACUUUGUCAAGUUCAUCAACAAGAUCCCCGAGCCGAAAAAUGAAAACGACUAUGACCAAGAGCUAUGGGAUAAGUUUGACAAGAAUCUCCGCAUGACCGUCGGACGCGAAGAGGCCGAGAGAAAUCCUCCCACUGCACUUGCUCCGGACUUGCCCAGAAUUUCGGAGCCAGCCAAACCCCAGAAAAAGAAAUCUCAAAGAGAUGAGGAAGGGACGGAGAGAAAGGAACGGGCCGUUUCGCCUGCUCUCCUGCAGUUGAUGCAGAUGACAGGAUACAGCGAGAAACAAAUAGCGCAGUUACGGGUCAAGACCCUCAUCUUCCACAGUGUUACGAACCAGACAAGGCUAGGCAAGAUAAGAAAGAUGUACUGUCUAAGCAUAGCCGGAAACGGUCAGGGUCUCAUUGGUAUCGGAGAAGGGAAGUCUCAGGAAAGCUCUGCUGCUCUGGUCCAGAGUCAGUACCGUGCUAUCCGAAAUAUGGUUCCCAUUCUGCGGUACGAAAAUCGCACCAUUUAUGGUGAUCUGAAGGCUAAGGUCAGCGCCACCGAGCUGGAACUCUAUGCAAGACCACCAGGCUUCGGGCUCCGUUGUCAACAGUAUAUUUGGGAGAUUUGCAGAUGUGCGGGAAUCCACGAUCUAUCCGCCCGCGUGACACGAUCGAGGAAUCCUAUGAACACAGUCAAGGCUGCGGUGCAGGCUCUGUUGAGUCAGAAGCACCCCGAGGAUAUCGCAAGGGCUCGAGGCAAGAAGUUGGUGGAUGUUCGCAAAGUGUACUAUGCAGGCCAAACAUAG